AUGAAGUUCCUCAGUUUUGCCUUCAACGCCCUGGUUGCGACAGCAUUCGCCCAGGAGCAGAACAAGUACACCUACGAGAGGCUGAACAGAAAGGACGCGCCACAUAGGGACGGGGGAGCUAACAAGAGACAGCUCGUGCUUGUUGUUGAUAUCCAAGAUGGCCUUUUCCAGUUGACCAGAGACACCGAUCCUCAUCUUUACAAGAGCUCUGCACUUGCACACGCAGAGCUUGGCAAGACGUUCGACAUCCCUGUCAUCCUGACAACUUCAACUGAGACUGGUCCCACCGGCCCUCUCUUCCAGGAGAUCGCCGACCAGUACCCCGAGGCUCCUUUUAUCAAGCGAGAGGGAGAGAUUAAUGCUUGGGAUAAUGCCGCUUUCCGCGAAGCAGUCACCGCCGCCAACAAGACUCAGAUCAUCAUUGCAGGUAUCGCCACCGACGUCUGCACAACGUUCUUGGCCCUCUCUCUCCGCGAAGCUGGCUACUCUGUUUGGGCAAACGGUGAGGCCUCAGGAACCUACUCUACCUUCGUCCGCGACAUCUCCAACACUCGCAUGGAGAAGGCAGGCAUUCAGGUCGUCAGCUUCUUUGCCAUUGUCGGUGAAUUGAUGCGUGACCACCGCGGCGACGAGAACGGCAACUACGGCGCCGAGAAGGUCAACCCCCUGUUCACCAAGUUUUUCCCCCUCCUUGGUAUACUUACUCGCGGACACAACGCUGCCGUUAGAAACGGAACAAUUUCCCCUGUCUAA